UGACCUUUCUCUCAUCUCCCUCGUGCUUUGCCUCUUUUCAGUCUCUGUCCAGUAGGAUGAACUCAGCGAACCUCACCUGGGCCACGGGUGCCCCUGCUGAAUUCAUCCUCCUCGGCAUCACGAAUCGCCAGGACCUGCGUGUGGCCCUCUUCCUGACCUGCCUGCCUGUCUACCUGGUGAGCCUGCUGGGAAACAUGAGCAUGGCGCUGCUGAUCCACGUGGAUGCCCGGCUCCACACACCUAUGUACUUCUUCCUGGCCAACCUCUCCCUGCUGGAUGCCUGCUAUUCCUCCGCCAUUGGUCCCAAGAUGCUAGUGGACCUGCUGCUGCCCCGAGCCACCAUCCCUUACACAGCCUGUGCUCUCCAGAUGUUUGUCUUUGCAGGUCUGGCUGACACCGAGUGUUGCUUACUGGCAGCCAUGGCCUAUGACCGCUACGUGGCCAUCAGCAAACCGCUUCUAUAUACAACAGCUAUGUCACAGCAUCUAUGCUUGGCCUUGCUGGGGGCUUCGGGCCUGGGGGGAGCAGUGAGCGCCUUUGUUCACACAACCCUCACCUUCCGCCUGAGUUUCUGCCACUCCCGGGAGAUCAAUAGCUUCUUCUGUGAUAUCCCUCCACUGCUGGCCAUCUCGUGCAGUGAUACCCAUCUCAACGAACUCCUUCUCUUCGCCAUCUGUGGCUUCAUCCAGACAGCCACGGUGUUAGCUAUCACAGUGUCUUAUGGAUUCAUCGCUCGGGCUGUGAUCCACAUGCACUCAGUCAGGGGCCGUCAGCGAGCAGCCUCCACCUGUGGCUCCCACCUCACAGCUGUGGCCAUGAUGUACGGGACACUCAUUUUCAUGUACCUGCGCCCCAGCUCCAGCUAUGCCCUGGACACUGACAAGAUUGCCUCUGUGUUCUAUACCCUGGUCAUCCCGGCUCUCAACCCGCUCAUCUACAGCCUCCGCAACAAGGAGGUCAAGCAGGCCCUCAGGCGGACCUGGAGCCGAUUCCACUGUCCAGGACAGGGGUCCCAGUGAUUGGUUCAGGGAGGCUGAGUAGAUCUGAUUAUGAGGGGAUGAGGAGGAUUCUCUUUCUGGCUGCAGUCACUGUCGGUAAAGAUGGGACGUUCCUCUGGCUUGGAUGUCUCUUGUCAUUGUAUAAGGGACAAUGGAGGAAAUGGAAAGCUUAUAGCAGGAAGGAAAAGACUUGGGGUUCAUCCAGGGCUAGACCUAGAGCCAGAGCCUAGACCAGGCUAAUGUUGCUGUUGCACUGCCUCAGGUUCUUCAACAUUCAAAACAUAAACGUUCAGCCCGGUGCAGUGGCUCACGCCUGUAACUCCAGCACUUUGGGAGGCUGAGGCAGGAGUUCAAGACCAGCCUGGGCAACCAGUCACUACAAAAAAAAUUGUUAAAAAUAAGCCGGGCAUGAUGGUAUACUAUGCAGCCAUAAAAAAGAAAGAGAUCAGAGCUGGGCAUGGUGGCUCAUGCCUGUAAUUCCAGCACUCUGGGAGGCCCAGGCAGGUGUGGAUCAUGAGGUCAGGAGUUCAAGACCAUCCUGGUUAACAUGGUAAA